GUUUGCUCAUAUCAAGCGUCUACAUUAUCAGCACAUCUACACCCAUUGAAACGCCCGCUUCCCCUUUCUCAACAAGAACACACACCAUGGUCGUCGUCGCCGUCGUUGGAGGAACCGGUAACGUUGGCAAGACUAUCGUCGAUGCCUUAAAAAUAGAUGGAACGCAUGAGGUGAUUGUAUUCGGUCGCAAGGUUCCUCAAGGAGAGCUCUCCAUCCCAACAUUCGCGCUUGACUACAAAAACAUCGAUCAGAUCACCCAAACUCUCGACGAGCACAAGGUUCACACAGUAAUCUCCACCAUCGUCAUGUACAACCCCGUUGCCGCGCAAUCAGAGCGCAACUUAAUCGCGGCGGCAACCAAUUCGGCUACCGUGAAGCGCUUCGUGCAGAGUAAUUGGGGUGAUAAAACGCCUGAUGAUGUGUCUCUGCGCAUCGCACCCAACAUAUUCCGCGAGCAAAGUCUCGAAGUCCUCCGCAAGACAGAUCUCGAAUGGACGCAAAUUCACAACGGACUCUUCCUCGACUACUACGGCAUGCCACACGUCGAAUCCUACCUCAGCCCUCUUGUGAUUUUUGUAGACAUUGCGCAUAGGAAAGCUGCGAUUCCUGGAACCACUGGUGAUGAGAUGAUCAACCUCACUUACACUAAGGAUCUCGCGAAGUUUGUUGUAGCAACAUUGAGCUUGGAGAAUUGGGAUGAAGUUAUGCACGUUUACAGCGAUCAGGCGUCGGUUAAGCAGAUCAUCCAGCUGGCUGAGGAGGCGACUGGCGACAAGUUCACCAUCACUUACGACUCAGCCGAAAAGCUGCGUAACGGUGAGAUCACGGAGCUACCUUCUCACCCGUACCUGUACGAGUUCUUUCCAAAGCCUUUGCUUGCGGAGAUUUUGUCUAAAUUCGGACUGUGGGCUGUCACGGGUAUUAUGUAUUAUCCGACGAAGGGUUCGUUGAACGAGAAGUUCCCGGAGAUUAAGACGAUGAGUAUCAAGGCAAUCAUUGGCGCUUGGAAAGGCCAUUGAGUUGUCAACUGUUUCAAAUGCGAUUAGGGUUGGCAGUCUUGGAGAAAUAUAAGCACGGAUCAGU